GGAAAAUAUGAAUAUAUAACGAUGAAACAUUCAUGAAAUGAUAAUAAACAAGAAAAUAACAAAACUAAAGGAAAAUGUGAAUACCUGGUUUCUUCAAGCAAAUUAAAAGUCCAAACAAGAGCUCUGGGGAUACAUAGCUGCACGAUACGCAGUUUUACAAGACAACCUCUAGGCGCCGCUGUUGACCAAAGAGAAGAGAAGGGUUCCCUGUUCCGCAGGGUCCAGCUAGGGCUUGCCUGCUUUUUCCUGCACCUAUGAGAACGUACGUCCGGCUUCUGUGCACCCUUGAAGCGCCUGACAAAUCCUGCCUUAAAAUCACAAACAUCUAGGGCACAGACUGUCUUCUUAAAAACCUCGAAAAGAAGCUUCCCUGCAAGCUCAGAACGGCAGAGCAAGCCCAGAGGCGUUGAAACGAUGGCAAAUCAGGUACUGGUUCACUUUCUGAUGCCUUUGUUCUGGGGCGCCAUCUCCCAGCCUAUCCUCUACUCCAUUCCGGAGGAGCUGGCCAAGGGCUCUCUGGUGGGGAACCUCGCCCAGGAUCUGGGGCUCAGUGUCCAGGAAUUGCCAGCUCGAAACCUGAGAGUUAGUGCAGAGGAUUAUUUCAGCGUUAGUGCAGAGGGUGGGGAUUUGCUGGUGAGUGGCAGGAUAGACAGAGAGAAGAUUUGCGGGAAGAAACCUGAGUGUGCACUAGAAUUUGAAUCGGUUACUGAAAACCCGAUGAAUAUUUUCCACGUAAUUGUUGCCAUCCAAGAUAUUAAUGAUAAUGCACCACAUUUCUUUGGGAAAAGCAUUGAAUUGGAGAUCUGUGAGUCUGCCUUACCAGGAGUAAAAUUCCCUCUGGACUCUGCACGAGAUGCAGACGUGGGAAGCAACUCACUGAAGAUGUACACUAUCAGCCCCAAUCCACACUUCUCCUUGUCAACGAAGGAAAGUCCGGAUGGAAGUAAAUACCCAGAAUUACUGCUGGAAAAACUUCUAGACAGGGAGCAUCAGAGUUCCCAUCACUUAAUCCUGACUGCCAUCGAUGGUGGAGACCCACCCCUAAGCAGUACCACCCAGAUCUGGAUCAAAGUCACCGAUGCCAAUGAUAAUGCUCCAGUGUUCAGCCAGGACAUUUACAAAGCUAGCCUCCGUGAAAACAUGCCCCGGGGAACCUUCGUGCUGCAAGUGAGAGCCACAGAUCAGGAUGAGGGUGUUAGUGGAGAGAUCACCUAUGCCUUCCUUAAUGGCCCAGCAAGUACCAACCUCAUCUUCAGUCUCAAUCCAAAUACUGGAGCUAUCACAACUAAUGGGACACUGGAUUUUGAAGAAAAGAGCAGAUAUAUGUUGGGUGUAGAAGCCAGGGACGGAGGGGUGCACACAGCUCACUGUAACGUUGAGAUUGAAAUUCUUGAUGAGAAUGACAACGCCCCAGAGGUGACAUUCAUGUCCUUUUCUAACCGAGUUCCGGAGGACUCAGCCCUUGGAACAGUAAUAGCCCUCAUUAAAGUUCGAGACAAGGAUUCUGGACAAAAUGGUCUGGUGGCAUGCCGUAUUCAGGAAGAACUUCCCUUCAAAUUACAACCCACCUCCAAGAAUUAUUACAAGCUGGUGAUAGACAAGGCCCUAAACCGGGAACAGACCUCAGAGUACAACAUCACUAUCACAGCUACCGACAGUGGCAAGCCAUCCCUUUCAUCCAAGACGCGUGUUACUGUGCACAUCACAGAUAUCAACGACAAUCCACCGGUUUUCCACCAGGCCUCCUACUUGGUCCACGUGGCUGAGAACAACCCACCUGGAGCAUCCAUCGCCCAAGUCAGCGCCUCUGACCCUGAUUUGGGAUCCAAUGGUCACAUCUCCUACUCCAUCAUAGCCAGCGACCUAGAGCCAAAGGCACUAUCCUCUUUCGUUUCCGUGAAUCAGGACAGCGGAGUGGUGUUCGCUCAGCGCGCCUUCGACCACGAGCAGCUGCGCUCCUUCCAGCUGACUCUGCAGGCGCGAGACCAGGGCUCGCCCGCGCUCAGCGCCAACGUGAGCAUGCGCGUGCUGGUGGGCGACCGCAACGACAACGCACCACGGGUGCUGUACCCAGCUCUUGAGCCCGACGGUUCCGCGCUCUUCGACAUGGUACCGCGCGCUGCCGAACCCGGAUACCUGGUCACUAAGGUGGUGGCGGUGGACGCAGACUCGGGACACAACGCCUGGCUGUCGUACCACGUGCUGCAGGCCAGCGAUCCCGGGCUCUUCAGCCUGGGCCUGCGCACUGGCGAGGUGCGCACAGCGCGUGCCUUGGGCGACAGGGACGCUGCGCGGCAGCGCCUUCUGGUUGCUGUGCGCGAUGGUGGACAGCCACCUCUCUCGGCUACAGCCACGCUGCACCUGAUCUUUGCUGACAGCCUGCAGGAGAUCCUGCCAGACCUCAGCGAUGACCCUCUGCCAUCAGACCCCCAGAGUGAGCUUCAGUUUUACCUGGUGGUGGCCUUGGCCCUGAUCUCAGUACUCUUCCUUCUGGCGGUGAUUCUGGCUAUAGCCCUGCGCCUGCGCCACUCCUCCAGCUCAGCAGUCUGGGGCUGCUUUCAGCCUGGUCUCAGCUGGAAAUCUCAACCUGUGGUUCCUCCCAACUGCAGCGAGGGGACAUUGCCCUAUUCUUAUAAUCUAUGUGUUGCCUCGCAUUCUACGACUGCAGCGGGGUUUAAUUUUCUCCACGUGGCACCAGAGGUUGCUCCCCCUCAGGAUCUCCUGUGUGAUGAUCCUUCUGUGGUUGUAUGUGGCAAUAAUGAAGAUCCCAAAAUCUCGUACGACUCUUCUUCUCUUCAGGUAAGUUUCUGCCGAGCUACUUAAAUACUAUUUCUUGUAUUUGCUUCUUGGUCGUGCACAAAUUAAUCAGUUUGGGUCAUUUUUUCAUAGUUUGGGGCCUAUUUACUGAGAGAAGUGUUGUGGAUACAUAAAGAUUAGUUCUUGGUUGCCCAGUCAUCUUGGAAAUGACCUGAUUACCAGUUUCAGUCUUUACUCUUGGUUGUUUCUGCGUGACUAGCAAAUCUUGCUGGAGACUGUUUCCUAUAGGUCAACAUCCUUAAUAAUAUUAGUUCCCUUUCUUACUUGAUUUGUGAGGCUGCUUUUUUUUUAAAUAACCUUUAACUCUUCAUAAGCAUAUUGGUAUUUCUUUCUGCCUAAAUUAAAGUUUAUGGUCAUCUUCACCAAUUACCUUUACUCACUUGAACAACUUUUCAUUUCAACACAUCUGUAAGAAAGUCUGUUAGCCUUUAUUGUCUUACCACGAGUACCAAAGAUUACCACAUUUUGUAUUUGAA